AUGGUCGCAUCUUUUGCCACAGUCGAGUGUGCAAUUCCAGGGACUUUCUUCUGGAAACCUCGGCUGGCUCUCAUCAUGGCAAUUCCAACGACAGAAAUGCCGGAUGCAAAAAAAGCCUCUCAAAAGAAUAUCGAGGAUGGUGUCGUCGUAAUUAUAGAUGGAUUUAAAAUGGCUAUGUCAAUUGCUGCUUUAUCUGAAGACUUAGUAGUAAUUAAACGGUUUCCCCAGUCCAAUCCUUCGUCGGCUUAUUUUUAUACUACUGCCUAUAGAUGGGCCCUACGAUACCUAAGUCUUCUUCCCGAUUGGCUGAGUGGUAAAGGCGGACAUUACGCUCACACACACCGAGUUUGGAAAAGGCGUUUCCGCUACUUGGAUGCCUUUGUACCAAAGUGGAUCAGACCGCUACUACCUUUUAUAAAAAAGAGUGAAUGGGAAAGGGAGGAAAAAGAAUAUAAGGGGUACAAGAAAUAUUCAGAGAAAAUCUUCAGCGGUUUAUAUCAAUAUCCAGGGAAACAAUUUAAGAACUUUGCAUCCCAACAAUUUACAUACAGUGCUUCACAUGAUACCAGUUCAAUAAGCUGCUUUGAUUGUAAGUCUUAA